AUGGGAUGGCACUUCCAGAUGAUCAAUGAUGUGCCGCGAGGGGAGCAGUACGCCACUCGCCGAGUCGAAACUUGGUACCCAGGUCAUCGCCUCGCAGACUACGCCUCACUGCCCGAUCGCAUUGCAUCCCAACGAUGGCAGGCAACCCAACGCCUCAAGGUGCGUUCGUACAACGUGGGCGGGGAUGAUGUGGUGGUGGUACAAGAACUUCAUCAUGGAUGCGGGAAGACAGACCACGGCUGGCAGAUCCCUGGAUGGUCCGUGACGAUCACAGCCGACGCGAAGAACCGCUACAGCGGGGUCGGCGUGUUUAUUUCCAAGCGUAUUGCAUCGGAAGAUCGCAUAUCGUGCCGCACAUGGCUGCAAGGACGACUCCUUCAUGUCAGAUGCUUCACCAGCCGGGUCACCAUCGAUGUUGUGGCUGGCUACCAAUGGGUCUGGCAGGGACGCGAUAACGAGACGGUCAUCGCAAAUCGAAGUCUCUUCUGGGGCAAGCUCAGCGCGCUUCUGCAAACGCUACCGACGCGCAAUCUGGUGGUGGUGGCUAUGGAUGCCAACACACAACUGCAGCCACUGCCGGGACUGAUUGGGAGAGGAGUUCUACGCACUACUCAGCAUAGGGAUCUUGAGUUCGAGGCACUCCUUCAAGCUCAGAACUUGGUGGUUCUUAAUUCCUGGGGGUCGUCUACGCGACAAGCUUGCCACACCUUCGCGAAUGGGACCACCUAUAGCCAGAUUGAUGUGGUGGCACUGCGACGACCCAUGGCUGACGUCACUGCUCGACGGGCCGCGCCUGAGUCUCUAGACCUCGCCCCUUGGAGGAUCCGUGGUGCCCAGGGUGAACUGCUUUCGCCAGCUGCCGAGUUUUCUGCCAUUUUUGAGUAUUAUCAGAAUGCCUUCAGUGCGCCACUGGAUGGCACGGCUAGCGUGUGGAAGCUGUGUGCAGAUGCUUUCGCCGAUUUGCUUGCGGCGCAGCUCAAUAUGGCAGCGCGCAGCACUCGCCCCUUUCCCGAGGAGGUUCCUAGGACUUCCUUAGCCCAAUCACUGCGCAAUGCUGGCGCGCCAGAGGCGAUCAUCACUGCCGUGAUGCGGCGCCUGGAGGUCGAGUCACCCCUCACGGUUCUAACUCAAACCCUCACCAAGCGCGUUUCUAAGCUGGCGGACGAGUCGGUCUGUCAGUGGUUCAUGCAAGUGCAGGCCAACCUUAACACCCACCUCCAGACGACCGCGACAGCUUGCUCCAUUGUGGCGCUAGAUGCUGAUAUCGAGCUGGGAGUGGCGUGCCCUGAAUGUGGUUUGUAUUUCCCGAAUCAUAGGUCCCGGAUGACGGAGAUGGAGGAGGCCGCGCAGUCGUUGCAGGCUCGGCAAGACCUCAUGGAGAUCUGGGGAGGGAGAGCCAGCCGGAAGAACGAUCUCCCGGAGGAAGAGACCAAUCCAGAGGCCGAGGAUGUGGACCGGAAGUCCAAAUACCGCCGAGACGACCAAAAGGGCAAGGGACACUCCACAGAUUCCUGGUCAGGAUGGCAGCGCCAGGGGAAGCGCAACUGGCAGCAGCAAAACCAGCAAGCGGAGGCGACGACUGCGGCGCUGGACGCUCCUACCCAGGAGCUCAUAAAGUGCAUGGUCAAGAUGAACAUCCGGCACGAACAGGAAUUGAUGCGGCUAAGGCCGGAUAUGGGGUUCGUCCUCUUUUGCGACACCUCCGAGAUGGGAUGCUUGCAGAUGCUGCGGACCGUAUCCCUGGGCUGGCAGGAGAAGUUCGCCAACGGCACAGUGAGCACGUCACUGAAGUCGCUGAUGGUGUUAGCGUUGGUGAAAGACCUGAAGGAGCGGGUCGAAGCAGUCCUCGCCAAGGAGGACCAACUCCUCAAGUGCCAGGAGAUGGGCUGGAUGGUCCAGACGGAGACGGCAUUGAACCCGAGCUGGGUUUACUUUGGAUGGGACUCCACAGCCAAGAAACAAAUCGUGCUGCCAGACCCUCCGCUGAAACAUGCCGAAUGUCUUCGCCAAAUCGACCUCCUGCUGGAACAUCUGCCUCGGGAAGGAGUCUUGGCGCGGUUUUCCACGCCGAAGGAGCUUCUGGAGAAGUACGAGACGGAGGUUAUCCCGUUCAACCUCACUCUCAGUCUUCGGGGUGCUUCCAGCGAUUUAUGCCACGAGGCGCUCAAGAAAUUGAGCGGAUGUGCAGCGAUGAAACUCCAGGGAGUUCGCUUGCGCCCAGAGAGGAUCCAGAAGCCUCCUCUGGCAAAAGCCCUGGAAGCGGCAUACCUGGCAGCGCCGUUUUGUGAAUUCUUGCAACACUUUCUGGCCGUCGCACAGUCAGCUGCCUACCAGGGCCGUUGGGAAGCCAGGCUUGGUGAGGCAGGUGGCCCUUUCGACUCAGGUACUUUGGGGCAUGCCAUUCUCCUGCCCAUUGCAGGCGUGGCACUGCCUACCCUGCAAAUGCUACUUGACAGCUGGCACCGCCAGCAUGCACUGCACGCAAUAGCUCAGCAUAAGGGUGUCAUCUGGCUGCAGCUUGAGCGUUAUGCGCAUAAUGCCCAUAAAUGCACCACCACACUACGCGUCCGACCAGGUGACCGAGUGGCGGUUCCGCUCUUUUCUGAGGCGGCUGGACUUGAAGUCAGGCAUGAGACCUUCACAGUGGUUGUUUUGGUCUACCACAUUGGUGACUCUGUCUGUAGCGGUCACUACAGGUCCCUGAUAGGGGUUCCGCAAGAUGAUCAAUGGGGCUUUUACAUUUGUGACGACGGUAAAGUUCCGCGACAGGCUAGGCCCAAGCAGGAGGGCCGUGCACAAGAGGCCGCCAUUCUACAGGCUCUGUGGGGGCUUCUACCGCUGGGGACCUUUCUCAAACCGGCGGUGACCUUAGCUACGCGCAACGAGCUGGUGUAUCUGGCGCAAACCAGCCUCACCACUGACGCGUUCGAGCAGCUGCUUCAGCUGCUGGACAAAAUUGCGGUAGAGGAUGACAGCUGUGCCAUUGUCAGCUACCCGGAGCCGUGCUAUGUCAAUGCCUGCGAGUCUACCUCUGCGGAAAAGACUGCUGAUCGGCACCUCCGUGAAGGCUCUGGAUCCCUUUGGGUGGCGGUUCGAGAAACCGUCCGAGAGCUCGAUUUUCAGCCUGAUGCUCGCUCGUUCGCCUGCGGACGUUAUGCCAAGUUCGGGCUCUACAGUAAAGGAGGCCUCGUUGGCAUGGCCAAAUGGACAUCCCAGCAUGUAUCAGCUUGCAGACUGCUCAACGCUGCAGUCUUGUCUGUUCGGCCGGAGCAUCGAUGGACAUCCAUCACCAUCGGAAUGGAUAACGAGACGCUGCCACACACGGACCAGGGCAACGCCACUACCUUGAGUCUGCUCGUGGGUUUGACACAUCAUCACCGCGGCGAACUCUGGCUCGAGUCCAUGGAUGGCACACAGUAUAUGGAUACGGACCGGGGGCUGAUCCGAGGACGAGCCUUCCCCACCAGCAUGCAAGCAGUUUUGUUCGAUGCUAA